CAGCUCAAAAAACUCCAGCUAGUCGAGCGCCGCGGUUUGAAAAAAAGUUCGUCUAUGAAAACAGUUAUCGAGAAAAACCAACAUAUAUUUCAUUAAACCAGAACUAAUGUGCAGUUUUUAAGAUUUUUGGACUGAUAAGACAGCCAUGGCACUGCAUCCAGCCAAGGAAGAGGCACUUCUGGCAUGGAUCAACGGCCUGCAGCUGGACGAACCCGUGCAGCGAAUCGCCCACCUGCAGGACGGAGCUCUGCUGCUCAGACUCGCCUAUAAACUGAAAGGGGAGGAGCCUACUAAGGCGCCUGUGCAUCUGCCUCAAGCAGAACGUCUGUCCAUCAUCAAUGACUUCCUCCACGAUGUGUGUCACGUAGAAGAGUGUGUCCUCCUUACAGUGGCCAAAGGAAGGAUGCUGGAGUUGGAGCUCACCAAGGUUGUGCUGCUCCUGUGCUACUAUGGCCUCGUCGACAGCGGUCUGGUGCCCAAAGUGGAUUUUGAAACCGAGCUGCAGAUGGCGACCAUGUUGCGUUACGUGCAGCAUGGCGUGAGCGGUUUGUCUCUGCGUGAAGGUUUGGACAAACUCCUCACCACAAGCUCUUUGAUCCACAACUCAUCUGUGAGCAGUACGUCCUCUCACAGCGAGGACGGCUCGCCUGUAUUUUCCCGCCGCUCUCCGCUGGUCAGCUUCGUGGAGCUCAACACCGUGGCCUCCAGCUCGUUUGUCGGCUCCCCGAUACAGGAGCUGAUGAGCACGCCUCAGGUGCAGGUGAAGAGGCUACGGAAGGAGUUGGCCCGCGAAGGAGACGUGCGUGAUGAACUGGAGCGAGAACUGGCCGAGCGCAUGGGCCUCCUCUCGGAGAAAGAGGGCCGGAUCAGUCAGCUCCAGCACAAACUGCAGCGCUUGCAGAGGGAUCAGGAGGAGAUGGAGAAGGAGCAGAAAGCUGCCCUGACUGAGCUGCAGCAGAAGAACGACGGACUCCUCACACGGGUCCACGAGGUCAUAAAGCAGUGUCGAGACCUCAAAACGGACAACAGUCAGAAAGAGAGACGGAUCGACGAACUCGUGGAGGAGAACGGCACGCUCGCCGCUCAGAUGAGAAACACCUUCGGGCAGCUCGCGAGGGCAGAGGAGGAGGUCGCCAAACUAACAGAAGCUCACGGUUCUUCCGAGGCCGAGUGGGAGAACAGGAAGGACCUGCUACAGAGGGAGCUAAACCAGGCCCUCACUGACAGGGAUUGUCUCUCGGAGCAAAUUCAGAUCUUGCAAGGAAAGAUCUCGGUCUUGGAAGAUGAGCUCGCCAAACUCUCACAGCAAACCCAAGAGAAAGGCGAAGUCCUGGGACCCAUUGUAGAGCGGGAGAAACUGCAGCAGGAACUUGCAGAUUUGACUCUAAAACUCUCCCAGCUGGAUGAAACCAUUUCCAUUGUUAAGAAGGAGAAAAUUGCCGUUGAAACACUGUUGGGAGAAGAGAGAAGCUCGUUUGAAAAGGAAACCAAGCGCUUGGAGGGGCGUAUUUCAGAUCUUCAGCAGUCGAUAGAUAAUAUGCAAGCAGAGAAGGAAGUGCAGGAACAAGCCUCAAGGACCAAGCAGGAAACUCUGAUCUCCCAGAUAGCAGCUUUGGAAACUGAUCUUGCUCAUCUUCAACAACUUGAAUGCAAGCUUACAGAAGAGAUCGCUGCAUCUGCUGAACUUCGACAGCAACGCGGGGCGCUGGAGGCAAAAGUCGCCUCUUUGGAGGAUAUGGUCAAUAUGCUACAAUCCAAAUGCCAAAACAUGGAAACAGAAAAUACUACACAGCAGGAAGUUCUUAACACAGUCAGAUCCAACCUGAAAAAUGCCCAAAUCUCCCUUGUGGAAUAUGAGAAAAAGCUGGCAGACCAUCAAAAAGUGGUAGAAGAGAACGCCUCUCUCAGAGCCAGAAUCUCAGCUCUGGAUGAUACCAUCGCAAAUCUGCAAACUGAGCUGGAUGCCGAGAGAAAAAGGAGUGAGGAGCUUUUUACAGCGAGAGAGCAGCAAAAAGCAUGGAUGGAGGAAAAGUUUCAAAAACAGGAGCAAAAAGCUCACGACAUGUUUGCCGAACUAGAUACCCUGAGCCUCGAACUUCGCAAAAUGAAGCAUCAGAAACUUGAUGCUGAAUCGUGCAUUGAGAAGUUAACCCAAGAAGGAAUAGACCUUAAAGCAAGUCUAGCAGAAGAGCGGGAUCGAGGCCAGUCACAACUUGCUCAACUGACCAAGGCCAAAGAGGAGCAGAAGACUGAACUGCUUCAAAUUAUUACAGAUAAUCAGAGCAAAAUAUCAGAGUUACAAAGUAAAAUUGAGGGAACUGUUGAGUCUCUGAAGAAAAGCGAAAUUGAACUGUCAGUCCUAAAAGAAAAACUGAUUUCCAAAGAUGAAGAACUUGUCACACAACAGCAGGAACUGGCCCAAUUUCAAAACAAGGCAGACAAUCUGCAAAGGCAACUCUUGGAUGUAGAAGGGCUUUCGCAAAAACUGACUGACGAUGUGGUAUUCAAAGACAGGGAAGUACAAGGCUUAAAGGUGGUGCUUGAACAGAAGGAAGGCGAGAUCCAGACCCUUCAGGUCAGCCUUCAGUCGAUAGAGAUGAAGUCAGUUGAAAUGCACAACCUUUACCAGCAAGAAGUUGAAGAGCAGAGGCUUGCUAUUGCAAAACUGAAGUUACAACUAGCUGAAGCUGAGAAACUUAUUUCUGAGAAAGUUGAAAGUCUCAAAGAUCUUGCCCAGCAGUUAAAGGAGUUAAAGGAAGAGCUUUCCGUUGAAAGACAGAGUGUCGCCAGCUUGGAAAUGAGUUUCAAAGCUUCAAAGAAGGCCCAUGAAGUCCAGGAGCAGUCUUUGAGAGCUGAGGUAGCACAACUUCAGCAGGUGAUUGAUGGACAUUUGAAGAAAUUGGAGGAGUCCUUAAAAGAGAUGAAUUUUCUUAAAGAAAAAAUGUCUCGCCAACAGGAUGCUGCACUCCAAAAAGAUCAAGAGGUUUCACUUUUGACAGUACAAAACAAAUCUCUGGAGGAAAGCUUUGCUCAACUUCAGAAUAAAUUAGCAGAGGCCACUACGGCUGCUACAGAAAGACAUUCCGAGUUACUCAAGCUUCAAGAGGAGGUUCAGCGUCAAGAGAAUCUCAGAGCAAAAGCUCAGGAAAUUGAGGAGACUCAACGUAAAGAUCUCCACAGAGAAGUAACUGAACUUCAAGCCAGAGUUCAGGAGCUGAAUAGUCUUGCUUGUGAAAGAGAAAUACAGCUCAGUUCUCUUUGUGAAAAGCUGAAAGAGCAGGAAGUGUACAACCAGGAACUCCUUAAAAAAUCCGAAGAAGCUCUUCAGACUGAACUUGGGAACGUGGCAGACUUGAAGGGGCAACUUGAGUCUGUUAAGCAUCAGACCGCAGCUACAAAUGAUCUUUUGGAGUCGACUAAAGAAAAACUGAAAGAACUGGAGCUCAUGUACCAACAGAAAGAGACCCUUGCUAGUGAAGCUCAUCAGGCCAAGGAAACUUUAGAGAGACAAGUGACUGAGCUUCGCAGUAAGCAGAAACAAGAGCUGGAUAUGUACCAGCAAGAUUUGGAAAGCUUGAAAAGGGAAAAGGAACACCUGUGUGUGAUGAAUGAGUCUCUCCGUGGUGAAUCCCAGACCUUGCGGACAGAGAGCAAGGAGCAACAGGAAACCUUAAGUGCAUUUAGGGCUGACUUGCAGAGCACCCAAGAUAGAUAUCAGAGAGAUCUAGAAGCCCUGAGGAAGGAGAAGGAGUAUCUCCAGGAUCAGUGUCAGAACUUGCAGACUGAGAACAAGGGACAGCAAAAGGCCCUGAAUACCCUCAAGGUUGAUCUUCAGAAAACCCAAGAAGGGUAUCGGAAGGAUUUGGAAAUCAUAGAAAAAGAGAACGAACGUCUCUCUUCAGUAAACCAGUCUCUCCAAAUUGAGUCUCAGAACUUACAGGCAGAGAACAAAGGUCAGCAUGAGGCUAUGGAGACCUUAAAAGCUGAUCUCCAGAACACCCAAAAUGGGUACCAGCAAGAGAUUGAGACAUUGAAGAUGGAACAAGAGCAUCUUUCCUCAGCGAACCAGUCCCUUCAGACCAAAUGUGAGAACCUGCACGCAGAGAACAAAAAGCAAGAGGAGACACUAAAUGUACUGAAGGUUGAUUUACAGAAUGCUCGAGAUGGCCACCAGCAAGAAGUAGGAACAUUGAAGAAGGAGAACAUCCACCUCACCGCCAUUAAUCAGUCUCUUGAGAGUGAGUGCCAGAACUUAAAGGCAGAGAAUAAGGUGCAGCUGGAGGAGUUAAAUGCCCUUAAGGCUGAGUUGCAAGAAAACAAAGCUCAAUGCCUAAAAGAUCUGGAGAUCUUAAAGAAUGAGAAGGAUCAGCUCUCUUCAGCGAAUCAGUUCUUCCAGACUGAGUGCCAAACCUUGCAAUUGGAGAAUAAGGAACAACAGGAGACACUAAAUGCACUCAAGGUAGACCUUCAGAAUGCCCAAGAUGAGUACCAAAACGAGAUAGAAACUUUGAAGAAAGGACAGGAACAUCUUGCCUCAGUGAACCAGUCCCUGCAGAGUGAGUGUGAGAACCUGCAGGCAGAAAAAACAGCUCAACAGGUGGAGAUGAAUGCCCUUAAGGCGGAACUGAAAGAACAUACAAAUAAACAUGAAAAAGAUCUGGAAACCUUGAAGAAUGAGAAGGACCAUCUCUCUUGGUAAACCACCCUACAAAAUGAGUGCCAGGACCUGCAAGCACUGAAAAUGGGGCAAGAGGAGGCAUUAAAUGCCCUCAAGGCUGACUUCCAAGAGAAACUAAACAAACUUGAAAAAGACUUGGAAACCUUGAGGAAUGAGAAGGAAGAGAUUGCCCUAGUGAACCAGAACCUUCAGGCAGAGAAAUUGGAGCAACGGGAUGAGUUAAAUGCCCUCAAGGCUGAUCUGCAAGAAAGCAAAGAUAAAUACCAAAAAGAUCUCGAGACCCAAAAGAAUGAGAAAGAUCAUCUUGCCACUGUGAAUCUGUCCAUUCAGACUAAGUGCCAGACUUUGCAAGCAGAGAACGAGGAACAACAGGAGAUGCUAAGUGCACUCAAGGCUGACCUACAGAAUGCCCAAAAUGGAUUUAGACAAGAAUUUGACACUUUGAAGAAGGAACAGGAACAUUUCUGUUCUGUGAACCAGUCCCUCCAGAGUGAGUGCCAGACGCUGCAUGCAGAGAAAUUGGAGCAACAGGAGGAGUUAAAUGCCCUCAAGGCUGACCUCCAAGAGAAACUAAACAAACAUGAAAAAGACUUGGAAAUCUUGAGGAAUGAGAAGGAAGAGCUUGCCUUAGUGAACCAGAACCUUCAGGCAAAGAAAUUGGAGCAAUGGGAUGAGUUAAAUGCCCUCAAGGCUGAUCUGCAAGAAAGCAAAGAUAAAUACCAAAAAGAUCUGGAGACCCUUAAGAAUGAGAAGGAUCAUCUUGCCUCUGUGAACCAGUCCCUUCUUGAAGACCUUGACGAAGCCAGGAAAAUGAGAGCAGAACUGGUCUCCUGCAAAGAAGUUGCACAACAGCGAGAAAACGCUCUUGAUGAACAAGUUAAGGAACUUCAGGUGAAGGUUAAAGAAUUUUCAAGACUAUCAGAUGAAAGAGAGGCUGAAAUUCAAAAUCUUCAACUAAAAGUAAAGGAGGAAGAAGCAGCAAGGCUCAGCACUCAAAAAUCUGAGAAGGCUCUAAGAGCUGAAUUUGAGGCGAAGGUUGCUCAGCUUCAGGUCCAGGUCGAAGAAGCAUCUAGACUUGCAUCCGGAAAAAAAUCUGAGCUAAGUUUGCUUCAAGAUCAGUUUAAGGAGACUGAGAAGCAGAAGCAAGAUGUCUGUCAGGCUAACCAAGUCUUGGAGAAAGCAGUUGCUGAGCUGCACCUCAAGCAAAAGCAAGAGCUUGAGGAGUAUCAUCAGCAACUGGAGACCUUGGCAAAGGAGAAAGAUACCCUUACCUCGGUGAACCAGUCCCUCCAGGCUGAGAGAAAAGCCCAACAGGAGGCUCUGGAUGACCUCCAGAGUGGCCUGCAGCAGGAAGUAAAGACACUGACAAAGGAAAAGGAUCAUCUGUCCUCAGUAAACCAAUCACUUAAGCGGGAGUGUGAUGCCUUCCAAAGACUCGGAGAAGAAUUGGAGGCUAAGCUAAAGGAACACACUGAAUCAACCCGGGUUAUGAAGGAGGCCAUCCAAAAGAAAGAGAAGCAGAACCAAGAACUACAGGAGCAGCUCACGGUGAAGACGGAAGCAGUGGAGCACUACAAAGUUCAGGUAGAAAAGGCGAAAACUCAUUACAACGGCAAAAAACAACAACUCCUCGAGGAGCAGGAGGCACGUCAGACCCUUCUGGCUUCUGAAACCAGCGAGAGUGAGGCAAAGGCUCUGAAGGCUGAGCUAAAACUUGUCUCCAUGGAGCUUGAGAGGAUCAAGGCAUCCGAGAAGAGUUUGAUGGUGAAGGUCAAGAGUCUGGAGACACAGUUGGAAUAUGCAGAUCGCCAGCUGAGAGAACAGAGAAAACAAGGAGGCCCGAGUGUCCAGGUGAAACACAGAGAAAGUGGUUAUUGGAAAAUCCCAGAGAAUCCGCAAAACACCAGCUCGGACAGCCUGGACCUCGACCACGAUGAUUCUCUGAACACCAUUAGCAAUAAACACACCGUUCCCAGCGAGUCCAGCACACCUUUGGUCCGAAGUUCCGAACGAUUGGCAGCCAAACGCCGCGCUCAAGAUGGAGGUUCACUCGAGACCCUGUACUUUACCCCCAUGAUGCCGCGGGUGAAGAAACACGCCGCCACCAACCAGGACCACAAAUUCGAAAGCAGCCUCACGUCUUUCGAAGAGUUAACUCUCGAUUCAGCAAAGAAGCCGAGCGACUCGGUCCAAAGACGACGCACCACACAAGUCAUCAACAUCACCAUGACCAAGAAAACUCCUCUCAGUGGCAUGGCAGAAGCAGACGAGUCUUUCUUCAGCCUGCACUCUGCUCAGUCACAGCCCAAUUUGACCUCACACAAAGCUCGCCCCGUCUCCACAGAGAUCUUUGAGGAUCCCAACAAACUUCUCAGCCUUCCCGGGUAUCGCCGGAGCAAUGCGCACCUCCCCGUUCCACCACGAGCCACAAGCGCGUUCUGCAUAGGAUCCGAGUACGAGCCGGACCUUCGCGAAGACUGGAUGAGAAUCGCCGAGCUGCAGUCACGUAACAAAUCGUGUUUACCUCACCUGAAGAGCAGCUACCCGCUGGAGUCCAGGCCCAGCCUGGGUUUCUCGCACCUGCCCGUAACCGACGAGGACGUUCGCAGCGGCGACCCUAAAGAGACAAUUCGGCGCGCCUCCACGAUCCCGUCCCAGAUCAAGGAAUCGGUCGCUGCUCACCGGGUCUCCCUAGCUCCGCCUCCUGCAGCUUCUCAUGGCCAUGCCCCUUCACAACGCACGACCCAGGUGUCCAAAGCACGAGAAGUGCGAUCCACACGUAGCCCGCUGGCCCCCAAACGGCCCACAGGGCAAAUACAGGAUUUGGACACGCCCGAGGCAAAGAAGUUAGUCAGCUGCUUCCCUCGAACUCCGAAAGGCAGGAAUCUUCGCUCUGCCAAUUCGCAGAACAUUGCACCUUCUCUGGCUGAUCGGAGGCAAUCCAUGGCGUUCAUGAUCGAUAACACCCCUAAAAAAGUUGUGCGCGGCGACAGCAGGCUGCAGCGCGGCAUCAACAAACUCCGCAAAUCCCCGCGCACCACCAGCACAAAGUCACCAAAGAUCACCAGCAGCGCAAAAAAAGUUGAUGAAGUUCAGGAUGAAGAUGUGAGAUCGAGUCUUUCCUCGUCCUCAACAACGUGCAAUAGAAUUGAUCCCAGUAGUUUUUUCUGACGAAUGAUUGGUCCUGGAUUUUUUUUUUUUAUUAUUAUUAUUAUUAUUAUUAUACUCUGUAUUGUGAUUUGUAUCUUUUUUUUUUUUUUUAUCAGAGGAAACGUUAUUGCACUUAACGUUCUCACUUCGUUGUGCGGAUUUUUUCCGUUUUUGACCAAAAUCACUACAAAUCUAAAAACGAAUGCUGUUGCAUCGAGACUGCACUUCUCCUCCCCAUGUGACCCAAACAGGAUGAAACAGACAUAUAGCGGUACGCCGUAAGACCGACAUUUAUAGCAGCUAUAAUCGUAUAAGGCGCUUGGUAUAAUUUGUGGAACAGCCUUAUAGACUUCUGGGUUUGUUUGUUUUUUUUUCCUCGAAGCUGUAAAUAUUCAGAAUCGUAUAUAAUCUUUUUUUGGUGCAUUUUUAAAUGCUUAUGGUUUGGAUCUUGCCAUUCUGAAAAUUCUUUUUUUUUUUUGCCUUUGGCACAUAUUCCAUGAUCCAACAGUCAAUAGAGUUUGGUUAAAAGCUCAUUCUCACCACUAAUUUGUCACCUAUGUAUGUAUGUCAUAUUUUUUUUCCGUUUCAUCUCCCAUUUUUAAAUGUUUGUCCUGUUUUUUCUAUCCCUUGCUUCAUUUUCACUUUUAAAGGUUUCAGUUUCACGCUAAGAAAUAAAAGUCUCAUCAAAGUGA